ACACCAGCAACACUGAAUGAUUUCCUCGUCGUGAUUGAUGCUGUUUUUUGCAAUGUUCUCAUGUUGAUUCGGCGACAACAUCGCGCUGUUGCUAUGUAUUUUUCUUGGAAUUAAAAAUAUGUUAGGGGUAAAACAUUAUUUGUCGCUUUAAUUCAGCUUGAGCGCAGCUGUCGGGGCUGACAGGCAGCGCCGGGAGAGAUGGCACUGCAUUGGACGCUAUCCGAGUGUGUGUCCUCCUCGGCGGUCUAUUAAGAUUUUAAUUAGCCGAUAACACGACCAGGGUUGAUUCUGUAUUAACUGUCGUGGGGCGACCGUAACUGCAUUACCGCGAUAUGGAAAAAUACGUCUGGCUUGAAGACCUCUGAUGCUAUUGGCACCACUGCCAGCCAAGUGACAGUCACCUGAAAUCCUGAGAAAGGAGAGACCAGAUUGAGAAUAGAAUUUCUACUAGUGCUGAUUCCCAGUCUGCCAUAUUCGUCAUGUCCAUACCAAGCGGGAGCCCAGAGCGGGAGGGCUCCAGUGUGGCACCUACACACCUAGACUGUCCCUCUUCCCCUCCUGGGAUGGAUCCUGACCCCCUGUCGACGGGAAGUCCAGUCCUCAGCCCAGACUCUUCUUCCCAUGAUGCAGUGCUGUCAACAGCUGCAAUUUCCCCGGCGGAUUCUGAGAACCUCAGUCCAGAUGAACUAGAGCUGCUGGCUAAACUAGAGGAACAGAACAGGUUACUGGAGGCUGACUCUAAGUCGAUGCGAUCCAUGACGGGAUCGCGGCGCAAUAGCGGCUCUUCACUGGUAUCGAGCUCCUCUGCUUCAUCAAAUCUAUCCCACCUUGAAGAGGACACCUGGAUCCUUUGGGGCCGCAUCGUCAACGAGUGGGAGGAGUGGAGACGCAAAAAGGACAAGCUCCUCAAAGAGCUGAUCCGGAAGGGCAUUCCUCAUCACUUUCGAGCCAUCGUGUGGCAGCUGCUGGGCAAUGCCACAGACAUGCCGGUGAAGAAUCAGUACUCCGAGCUGCUCAAGAUGUCGUCCCCGUGCGAGAAGCUGAUCCGCAGGGACAUCGCACGCACCUACCCCGAACACGAGUUCUUCAAAGGUCAGGAUAGCCUUGGCCAAGAGGUUCUCUUCAAUGUCAUGAAGGCAUACUCGCUUGUGGAUCGAGAGGUGGGCUACUGCCAAGGCAGUGCAUUCAUUGUUGGCCUGCUACUCAUGCAGAUGCCCGAAGAGGAAGCGUUUUGCGUGUUUGUGCGUCUGAUGCAGGAAUAUCGUCUGCGAGAGCUCUUCAAGCCCAGCAUGGCCGAACUGGGGCUCUGCAUCUACCAGUUUGAAUAUCUGCUGCAGGAACAACUUCCAGAGCUUAAUGUCCAUUUCCGGUCCCAGAGUUUUCAUACAUCUAUGUACGCCUCAUCCUGGUUCCUCACCCUCUUUCUCACCUUUCUCCCUUUGCCUGUUGCCACGCGCAUAUUUGAUAUUUUUAUGUAUGAGGGCCUCGAAAUCAUCUUCCGUGUGGGCAUGGCCAUUCUGCAGUACAACCAGACGGACCUCAUUCAGCUGGACAUGGAGGGCAUGUCACAACAUUUUCAGAAGGUGAUCCCCCACCAGUUUGACAGCUGCCCGGACAAACUAAUCCUUAGGGCUUAUCAGAUCAAAUACAACCCCAAGAGAAUGAAGAAGCUGGAGAAAGAAUAUACUACCAUCAAGAACAAAGAGAUGGAGGAGCAAAUUGAGAUCAAGAGGCUGCGCACAGAAAAUAGGCUGCUGAAACAGCGGAUUGAAACUUUAGAGAAAGAAAGUGCUGCUCUGGCAGAUAGACUCAUCCAGGGUCAGGUGACCAGGGCUCAGGAAGCAGAGGAGAACUAUGUGAUUAAGCGUGAGCUGGCAGUGGUGAGGCAGCAGUGCAACAAUGCCAGCGAGAGUCUCGAGAAGGCGCAGGACACCAUUCGAGAGCUACAACAACAAAAGUAUACAGAGCCAUUUGUGAGCAAUCUGCAGGCUGAGCUGGAGCAGUCAAAGCUACGCGAAGCAGAGCUGUUGGGGGCAAUGAAGGAAAUGCAAGACAAGGUGCUCGAUCUGGAGAAGAGGAGCAGCUGCUUGCCUGAUGAAAACAACAUGGCGGCUCUGCAGGAGGAAGUGAAGCAAAUGAAGUUGAGGGAGCUAGAGACGCUGCGCUCAUUCAGAGAAAUGCAGGACUCGGUCGCCGAGCUAAAUCAACGCUGGCAGCAGCAUCACCUGUCCCGCAGCAGCAGCACAGGUGGCAGUGGCAGCCACUGGAAGGAAUCUCCAAAGAAGAAUGCCAUGAACGAGUUGCAAGACAAGCUGAUGACCGUCCGCCUGAGGGAAGCGCAGGCCCAGGCUGAGCUUCGGGAGGUCAAACUAAAGGCUGUGCAGCUGGAGAGUCAGAACAUAAUCCACAGCAAACUAAUUGGCCGCCAUGAGCAGGAACGUUCCGCCCUCCAGGAUCGUCUACAGAUGUUGUCUAAUCAGAACAAAGCUCUUCAGGUCCAGCUCAACGAGAUGAAACGAAAGCAGGCCGAGUGGGACUGCAAGAAUAAAGAGGAGGUGAUGGCCGUAAGACUGAGGGAAGCUGACAGCAUGGCUGCCAUGGCCGAGCUCAGGCAGAAGAUAGCCGAGCUAGAAAUACAGAAAGAGGAAGGGCUGAUCCAGGGCCAGCUGAACCACUCUGACUCCAGGCAAUAUAUCAACCGACUCCGGGACCAGAUCACUGAGCUAAAAAAUGAGAUCAGGUUAUUGCGAGGUCAGAAGGCUGGCGUUCCAGGCUCCACCGUGGGUGCCAACUACCAGGAUCUCUGCCUGGCCAGCCCCGCUUCUGCUGAGGGCGACUACCUGAGCUCUGACGAGGACCUCCUCCACAGCCCGCUACCCCCUAACGCCCUUUACCCAGCCAUACCGGGCCCAUGUCACCCCUCUGCCCACCUGGACAGUGAAGGAAGCACGGAUAGCGAGACAGAGGACCAGACACACCUUGACCCCCCGCAGCUGUACGGCAACAUGGUUUGUGCCGAGGCCAUGGAGAACUGAGGAGCUGUGCUUGGUUGCUAUGGCGAUGCUGAUGGACAGUAUUUCCCCAAAGUGAGUGCAUCUCUUGCAUUUUUGUAAAUAUUUGAUCAAUCUUUUCAUGGGACAAUACUGAAGUGACACUUUCCUCCAAUGUAAUGCAAUCAGUUAACAGCUCAAAAAAUGGGCAAAUUUAUGCUCCCAUAAUAAACAAAAAAAAAAACAACUCCACAGCCAUUGAUGUUUAAACCCUUGGCUGAAAAUGUGGGUACAAAUUUGAGUUAUGAACAUUGUAUAGUAGCAGAGAAUGCAAUUUACAGUGAGUUAUCCAUCAAAUUCAAAUUAGUUAUUACUGCCCGGCUCCCUAAAAAUAUAAUGACAUAAAAGCAAAGACAAAGAUUGUGUAUGGCGUCCUCUAGCAAAGUCCGCACCUACAGGCAACAGUAAGUCCGCAAUUAGUCACCCCUUAGACCACAAAUAAAAAAAUCUGACUCUGAGGAUCGAUGCAUGCACAGAAUAUAGGUACGUCGCUAUCCACGAAUAACAUGAGUAGCCAUUUUCGUUAAUGUCAGUACUAAGAAGAAAAAAAAGAUGAAUAAAACGACUGAAGUUUUGAGUCCUCCCUCUGGGCAGUCCCAAAAAGGAGGCUUUGAGCUGUGGAAUGUCAUUCCCAUUUCAGCUGUGCAGUCAGACUAAACAUAAAGCUAGGAGACUGCUAACACAUAAAGAAAGUAUAACAACAAAUGGUCGUACAAUAAACCAAACAAACUCGUAUAUCAAGGCUCCACUGCACUUCAUACAUUAAUGGCUGUAGUGUUUUUGAGGGUACAAUUGAACAAGCUGUUUACUGUCUACUUUACAUUGUAGCUGAGUGCCAUAUUUUUUGUGUGUCAUAAAAUAUUAAAAGAUCGUCUCAAAAGUAUAAAAGAUACACUCCUUUUGUAAAAUACUGUACCUGUGCAAAGCCCGCACCUAAAAAACUGUCUACCCCAGUACAUGUCUCAACAUCGACACACAAAAUAGACUGUCAUUGACCUGACCUUAAUGACAUGAGAUGAGCUGGCAAGCCCUUAUAAAACGCUCCUUUCUGAUCAAGUUAAUAUCGUAUAUCUGUAUCGCACAUCAGUCCACGCUGCCUUCACAACAAACGGUCUCUAAGCUGUCACGGUACUGAAAUCAGGCCCAACUUCGGAGCAGCAGAGGGACCUGCCAAAUGGCAUCCAUAUACACCUAUCAUGACCAUUUCAACAUGUUCAAAGUGUAAUCUAAAUGAAACCGAGGGGAAAAGAAGGAAGUGAACAUUGCCAAAUCGUUUUUGUUUUUUGUAUUUUUGAGUAAUUUAUACGUUAUGUAAUUUAUUUUGAUAUGAUUUUUACUAUCAAGUGUCAAACCAUAGGAGUAUGUUUGAGGUACCGACAGAGGCCUCUUGCCCUUCCUCCCUCCUCUCCCUUCUUCCUGUAUAUGUGUGUGCCAACUGAGAGCCACCGCAACGGCCGCCCCCUGCGGUUACACAAGGUGAGACACUCCAUGAGCUGCUAUCAUGUUUUAUUUCUGCACACUGGGAUUUCACCUCUUAAAGUCAUUGUUACUGUCUCAUUGCUGGUGUGUGUUCUGUGUGCAAAGAAAGUUUGACAUUUUCUGAAAUAACUUGGGGUAGAAUAGCAUUGACUUUUUAUAGGGCGCUUACCUGGCUGCCAUUGACGACAUUAGACAUCCAUUCUAUUUUGAUCAGGAGAGGUCACUGCAGGCUCUCUCAGUUGCAGCAUACUGAAAAGCGAAACAACUUAUGUCCCGUUCAACUCGGUCCCCCCAGUUUAAAUGAGUUGGAUAUUUAUUGUUGUCAAUGGCAAACCACGAAUUACCAUAAUUUUAGGACUAUAAAGCGCACCUGACUAUAAACUGCACCCACCAAAUUUCACACGAAAAGGGCGUUUGUUCACAGAUAAACCGCACUGGACUAUAAGCUGCAGCGAUCCUCACUGUAUUAUGUGAUAUUUACACCGAACGAUAUUAACUAGUAACACUUUAUUUGACAGCAGUGUCAUAAGACAGUCAUUUAUGUCACUGUCAUGAGCAUAAAUGAAUGCUUACGACAGAUGUCAUUAAAUGUCAUCUGGCAAAUUAUCUCACUUUUGAAUUGAUUUAAAGGGAUACACGGACAGAAGACUUGUAGUUCUUAAAAGAUAAACGUUAUUAUUAGGGCUGUCAAACAAUUAAAAUUUUUAAUCGAGUUAAUUACAGCUGAAAAAUUAAUUAAUCGUAAUUAAUCGCAAUUCAAACCAUCUAUAAAAUAUGCCAUAUUUUUCUGUAAAUUAUAUAUAUAUAUUCUGUAAAAUAAAUUGUUGGAAUGGAAAGAUAAGACACAAGAUGGAUAUAUACAUUCAACAUACAGUACAUAAGGACUGUAGUGGGCAUUUCACUCUACUGUCAUUUAAAUCUGUCUAUGCUGUCCUCACUCCGAAGCGUCUACUUUUUCCAAAGCUAGACAGCUAGUGAACGAUGCCUUAAUAAUCAGACUUCUUCCUUUUUCAUCUGAUUUAUUAAUAAAAUGGCCUCAAACCAUUGUCCUCUUUAGACCAUCGUAAAACUACAAAAAAAAAAAAAAGUACACAAGCAUUGCAUUAGCAACAACGUUAGCUUAGCACGCUAUACAGGUUCACUAAACAUAAACAAAAAGCGUCUCAUACAAAAAAUAUAACAUUUCGCUUACUAACAUAAUAUGUACAUUCUUUACAACAACCAUACUUACGGACAAAUCUUGUCCAAGGAUCAUGUAAGCACAACAUUACAACGUAGGCAUCAGCCCGAGACGUCGUGCAGCCAUAUUGAACUGGCAAGAAAACAAUAAACCAUGUCGCAAAGCGACCACAAGAGUUCGCUGUUGGACAGCACAAAAAGCCUUGCUGUAAAACUUACCAAAAGGCAGAAUACUGUUUGAGCGGGACAUGUGCGUUAAUUGCGUCAAAUAUUUUAAUGUGAUUAAUUUAAAAAAUUAAUUACCGCGCGUUAACGCGAUAAUUUUGACAGCCCUAGUUAUUAUGUUAAAAUAAUUUGAUAUUGAAACCCCUCUUGAUGUUUUCGUUUUUCUACAAUUUGUAAAAUUAGUUUAACUAGUAGAUCGCUAUUGUUGUUGACGUCGCAGGGCAGUGAUGUCACAUGGUUACGCUGCAGAGAAUGACUUAUCGACAUAAACAUGUCAUCUGUUCAACCCUUUCAAUUUGAAUCUGAGAGGAACAUUAAUGAACAUGACAGCAUUGUCGAUAUUUCACAAAACAAGCAGCAAAAGCAAAAUGAACAGGAAAGACGGGAUGAGACAAGAGUAGGGGAAAGAAACGGUGUUCUGCCGAAAUGUGCUACCCCAACGAAACAUCCGACAAAAGGCGAAUUUGACUCCCAAAGUACUACUGUGCGCUUUUAGCUUAUUUUGUUUAGAUGCAUACAGACAGAACAUACUAAAGAUGCCUUAAGAAAAUACUUAAACGUAGUAAUAUCAUAUAAGUGUGGUUUAAAUAUGCUAUGUCACUAAUGUAGUCUGUACAAUCUGCUUUAAAGCUAUCACAAGAAAACACAAUGCUUAGAAGUAUGAGAGGGAAACACACAAAAAGUAUUUUGGGACGAUGAAAAGUCAAUAAAAGACUCAAUAAAAACACAAAUAGUAAGUACUCGUCACUUUUAACCGAUGAGCGAAUGUGUUGGACAUCUCGCUGCGUAGAAAGAAUUGCAAUAACCCGGUAAUAUUCGUUGAGUGACAUUGACAAUCUAUGUCGUCUCCCCGAGCGUCCAUAGCAGGUAUAAAAACAUGGCGGCCUCCGUAGGUCAAAACAUUUACUAAAUAUUUUAGAUUUUUAAAUCAAUGACAAUAUUUUAUGUUUCUGAUAACAUAUUUUAGUAAAUGAGAACAAUUGUGGCUUAUUAGAGGCUACAAGUUUUUAAGUCGAAGGUUCCCUUCAAAAGAUACGGACCGGACAGAAAGGGAAUUGGUGACAAAAUUUUCCUGAUGACACUUAAUGACAUUCGUCAUUAGCAUUCAUUAAUGCCCAUAACAGUGUCAUGUCAUAAUUAUGACGGUCUUAUGACAGUUUAUGACACCACUGUUAAAUAAAGUAUUACAUAUAAACUCAGAUAAGUCAAGAAAUAGGCCGCACUAGACUAUAAGGAUUCAAAAUGAGGGAGUAGAGGCUUAUAGUCUGAAAAUUACGGUAAAUACCGUGGGGAGAAAAAAGAAUCUACUUUAGAGUGUUGUUAGGGGCUAUAACCAGAGUAUAUUUCUAUAUAUUUCUAACCAUAACAUUUUAUUUAUCAUUAAAAAAAAUAUAAAUGGGGAAUUUUCUUUUUAACCUGUUCUGUUCAGCUGCUUGGACACAGAGAAUCAGAAUCUGUGUGUUCUUAUGGUCUGAACAGUUUUAAUGUUAUCACAUGAGAGUUUAAAAAUUAUGAUUAAUAAUAAACAUAUACAGUACAUAUAUUUGAGACCUGCUGUCAACAAUUUAAGAGGGUUAACUUUAAUUUUUGUUUUUAAUUACCAAAAAUAUGUGCUUGAAAGUUAAUGUACAGGCAAUGUUUUGGGUUCGUUGUUGUGAAACAGCAGGAAAAUAAGUCUUUUAUUU